CCCUCUUCCGGUAAACAAAAAAAAAAAAAACAGCUUUGUUCUGUUUCUCUGCGAUUUCUUCGAUGUUCUUCUUCUUCGUUUUGAUUUUCAGAUUUGUUUAACUCGGUCGCUGCGUUGACUUAAAAUUCUUGAGAGAGAGAGAGAGAGAGAGAGAGAGAGAGAGAGAGAGAAAGGAGAAUUAAGAGACUCAGAAUCAGUCAGACUCGGGAUCUUUCUCGGCAAUGCGACGCUUGUUCGCCGCGAAAUCCCUCUCCAGAGAGGAACCAACCUUUUUGUCAUUCUCUUCUUCUUCGGCGACGCGUUUCCACAAGGCUCUUCUUCUUCGCUCUCGUCUUCCUCUCCGUUCAGAUCCAAGACAUGUCCGCUAAUUCUCAUCCUCCUAAUUCCAAAAACGUCCUCUGCAAUGCAGCCGCCGGUGCUGCAGCCGGGGUUGUUGCGGCUACGUUUGUGUGUCCUCUUGAUGUUAUAAAAACGAGGUUUCAGGUUCAUGGGCUGCCAAAGCUUGGUGAUGCAAACAUCAAAGGUAGUCUAAUCGUUGGCAGUCUUGAGCAGAUCUUCAAGAGGGAAGGGAUGCGUGGCUUAUACCGCGGACUUUCCCCAACUGUGAUGGCUCUUCUCUCCAAUUGGGCAAUUUAUUUUACAAUGUAUGACCAGCUCAAGAGCUUUCUUUGUUCAAAUGAUCACAAACUCAGCGUUGGAGCUAACGUAUUGGCUGCUUCUGGAGCUGGAGCUGCAACUACCAUUGCCACAAAUCCUCUUUGGGUUGUCAAGACUAGACUUCAGACUCAAGGAAUGAGAGUGGGUAUAGUGCCAUACAAAAGCACACUGUCUGCUUUAAGGAGAAUAGCUUACGAGGAGGGAAUUCGUGGAUUGUACAGUGGUCUUGUGCCUGCACUAGCUGGUAUCAGUCAUGUUGCCAUUCAGUUUCCUACAUAUGAGAUGAUCAAAGUCUACUUGGCCAAGAAAGGUGAUAAAUCAGUCGAUAACCUCAAUGCUCGUGACGUAGCAGUUGCCUCUUCGAUUGCAAAGAUAUUUGCAUCCACAUUAACUUACCCGCACGAGGUAGUACGAGCUAGGCUUCAAGAGCAAGGGCACCACAGUGAGAAACGUUACUCAGGAGUAAGAGAUUGCAUAAAGAAAGUGUUUGAGAAAGAUGGGUUCCCGGGUUUUUACAGAGGCUGCGCCACAAAUCUCCUGAGAACAACUCCUGCAGCAGUUAUAACUUUCACUAGCUUCGAAAUGGUGCAUCGUUUCCUCGUCUCUCAUAUACCUUCUGAGCAAAGCUCUAUACUUUAAAUCUCCUUGGUUUUGGUUUUUUUGAUGAUGACGAUUAAAAGUUACUUUACACAGUUAAAAGAGUUUCCCCAAACCUUUUGGGAAAUGAUUCAAAAUAGAAGUUCUUUUAUGGGGGAGAAAUCAGAAUCUGAAGAAUGGAUUGAAACCUGAGAGACCCACAAAGAAGAAUAUUAGUGUAAAAAAAAAUAACUGAUUCUUUUAUUUCUCUCUU